AUGUCUUCGACAAAAGCAGGAAUCCAAGCUCUUCCUGCUGAUGUUGCCGCCAAGAUCAAAUCUUCCACUGCGAUCACCAAUCUAAACAGUGUUAUCUUGGAAUUGGUUAAGAAUGCUCUCGAUGCAGGCGCUAAGACAGUUCACGUAUCAGUGGACUUCAAGCGGGGAGGCUGCAUAGUCGAAGAUGAUGGUGCUGGAAUCCGUCCAACCGAGUUCGAAUCCACAGGAGGCAUUGGCAAAGCACAUCACACGUCCAAAUUUGGGAAGCCUGGCAACUACGGUCAUCGCGGACUAUUUUUGUACUCACUGGCUGCUUUGUCCUUACUGACAGUGACGUCUCGUCAUAUUCAGUAUCCGACUACAAAUUCAAUCAUCUUCCAUCACUCGCGACCUGUUGCACGUUUGAUUCCGGCACCAGUGCACCAGAAUCUUCGAUAUAGCGAGCACGGUACAUGCGUGACGCUGAAUGACCUCUUUGGCAAUAUGCCUGUGCGUGUCAAGAGUCGGGCUCUCGCGUUCCAGAAGCCAGAGGAGUUGGACCGAGAGUGGGAUCAUCUACGAUACUUUAUUGUUUCCUUGUUGCUAGCCAAUCCUCAAUUAUUGAAACUUGUUAUCUCGGACACUGAAAAAAGCAAAAGAUUUUCUAUCCGUCUAGACAGUCCCAAUCUUGAGUCUCCUUUGCAAACCUCUGGCGAUGUUGAUCUUGCUCGAAUCGGAGCUAUAAUGGCACAGUUUGGCUUGAUCAGGUCGCGAAAUAUGGACUCAUGGCAUGUAAUAUCGGCCAAAAUUCCGGACCUCCAGAUCUCCGCGGCGAUAUCAACUAUCCCCAGCCCUUCGAAGAAACUGCAAUUCAUCUCUCUUGGUCAAGAGCCGGUGUUGUCUCGGAAUGGAUCGAAUAUCCUUUUCAACGAGAUCAAUCGUCUAAUAGCGUCAUCGGACUUUGGACUCUCUGGAUUGGCAUCUCGAAGCACCUCCGCUGCUUGUGAGUCGCCUAUUGUGGGACCUUCCGAGGCCCCAAGCAGUGUAAGUGGCAAAUCAUGGGCAAAAGGAGUAAACAGGUGGCCCAUGUUUUAUAUACGCAUUGACACAAGCGUCGCUCUCCCUUUUGAGGAAGAUGCCGACGAGAUUUCCCCGAAUUCAGAGAAGUCAAUUCAAGGGAUCAUUGAAGUAUUAAACGCGAUGAUCACAGAGUUCUUAAAACAGCAGAAACUUCGACCUCGUAGCGCAACACGAAGAGGGAGAAGUCUAAAUCGAGCUCAAGAAGCUAUGUCUGCCGGGCAGAGUCGAUCUGAAUUCACUUCAUCAAGGCAACGCCCUGUGAGAGUGGAUGCGGAAGAAAGCUUUACCAACAGUCUCAAACUUCCGUCCUUUCAACGACCGCAUGCAGCUACUACCAGUCAAAAUCUUCAAAACUGGUCUAGAUUGAAGACUGCGAAGGGUCUUGGUGAUCAUGCUUUGUCUGGGCGGACCACUGUAGAUGCGCUGAGGGUGCGCCUUUCGCCCUUCUUUACGCGCGAAACAGACUCAUCCAUUCCACAUGGACAUGGAAAUAUUCUACAAUCCAAUAUAUCUUAUACAGAGCCAAUUGGUGCUGAUCAAUCUCAGCUCCAACCAAGCCAGGGUGAAUUAGAGGUCGAUAAUUCACAGACUGACCGCAUGAUUCCCUGGUUUGACAGGCGUACAGGGAAGAAACAUCUGAUCAAUUCACGUACUGGUCAGACGGUUCAACCCACAUCUACGGGCCUGCAAAGGUCUGGACUUCCAACCCUGACUGGAACAAAAUCAACUUCCACGGAUCAAGACAGUUGGGUCGAGAACCUACUUCGAGAAUGGGACAAUCCUACGUUUACGCGUACAGAGAUGCCGCUGCCGAGGUUUGACGUUGAGGCUAAUUUUUUGGAUGCUGGGACUUCUCACAAAAUCACUCACUGCAGUGGAGCUCUGGCUGGAGCUUUGACUUCUACUCAAGUUGCCAUGUUCAAGGGCAAACUGCAACGUCAAAGUCUCGCAACGGCCACCAUCAUUGCACAGGUGGAUCAAAAGUUCAUUCUCGUCAAACUCAAUGCCGAAAAUGAAACUGCGGGCUAUCCGGAAGCAGUCUUGGUGUUGAUUGAUCAACAUGCGGCGGACGAGCGCUGUCGCAUUGAACAAUAUUUUUGA